UCAAUACGGAAUGUCUCAGGAUUUUUCAUAACCACAAUCCAAAUCUGAACUUUGGACAGUUUAUGCAAGACGACGACUAUAUUCUGCGGCUGUUCUCAGAAUAUUUUGUACAAUAUGAGCAGGAAAUCUGUAUCCUUGAGGCAGACUUCGAACCAACAAACAAAUUUACCCCUGGAUCCUGCAGUCGUAGUCCCAGGGACUGAAUCGGAAGCAAUGGAACAAAAUCUGUAUGAUUUAGAAAUACUCAAACAAGCAAAACAAGGUCCAUUGGAUGCCUACAGGAAAAAGUCAUCAUUUGACUGGAGGAAUAUGAAGAUUUAUAUGGAUGGAGAGGAGAUUUUAAGAUUUAAGAAUAAAAUAUGGACUACUUUGGAAAAAGACCCAAUAUUUUCUCAAUCCAUGAUAACUGAGUCAUUAGAGGAACAGAGAAGAAAGACAUUUUUACGAGUGAAAAGAUUAUUUGAAUAUGACUUACUCAAUGAUGAUGAAAUAUUCAGUAACCCAUUAAAACACAAGAUUUUCACUGACUCCCUUGGGAUGUAUGACUGGUCAGUGAUGGCUAAGUUUCAGUUAAAUGUGGAAUUCACUGGAGGAAAUAUUGCAGCCUCAGGGACAGCUAGACAUGCUGAUAUUGCUCAGAAAUUCAAAACAUUUGAGUAUUUUGGUUGUUUCUCUCUGACAGAGCUUAGUCAUGGAAGUAACACAAAGGCUAUGAGGACCACAGCUACUUACGAUCCAAAAACUCAGGAAUUUAAAUUAAACACACCAGAUUUUGAGGCAACAAAGAUUUGGUCGGGUAACUUGGGUAAGAAUGCUACACAUGCUUUGACGUAUGCCCAGUUAUAUACUCCUGACGGCAAGUGUCAUGGCCUCCAUUCCUUUGUUGUACCCGUCAGAGACCCAGAAACACUUCGUAGUUACCCAGGAGUAGUUGUCGGGGACCAGGGUGAAAAGUUAGGACUGAAUGGUUUAGAUAAUGGUUUUAUGCAUUUUAACAAUUACCGAAUUCCCAGAGAGUAUUUAUUGAACAGAACAGGUGAUGUAUUAGAAAAUGGGACUUAUGUAACUCCAUAUAAGGAUCCAAACAAAAGAUUUGGUGCUUCGCUGGGAGCUCUGUCUGGUGGUAGAGUAGGUAUUACAGGGAUGUGUACAUGUAAUCUGAAGCUGUGUAUGCCUAUAGCUAUACGGUACUCUGCUGCUAGAAGACAAUUUGGACCUCCAGGCAAGGAAGAAAUGCCUGUCCUUGAAUAUCAACUUCAGCAAUGGAGACUUUUGCCAUUUCUUGCGGCUACAUAUGUAUUAGAACAUUGGUCAGACUCUUUCUUCAUGGACUUUGUGGGUGUGAGAAUAGGCCUUAUGUUGGGCAACAAUUCAGAAGAACAGGCAGAGUUGGGCAAGGAAAUUCAUGCUUUGUCUUGCGCCAGUAAACCAUUUGCCAGUUGGAUUGCCAGAGACGCUGUUCAAGAAUGUCGGGAGGCAUGUGGAGGUCAUGGCUACUUUUAUGUAAACCGACUUGGUGCUAUACGUAAUGAUAAUGAUACUAACUGCACGUACGAGGGUGAUAACAAUGUGAUAUUACAACAGACCAGUAACUACCUGUUAGCUAACCUGGAACAAGUCAGGAGUGGUAAAAAGGUGUCAAGUCCAUUGGGAAGUAUUAACUUUUUAAAUGAUCUUGAUAGCUUGCUGAAAACUAAAUUCCAAGUCAGAAGUGUAGAAGAAUGUAUUAGACCUGAAGUUUCACUGGAAGCCUACAGAUGGUUAGUUGUAAGAUUGUUAGUAGAUAGUGACGCCAGACUUAAACAACAACUGGACAAAGGAAUGGAUGGCUUCUCUGCCAGGAAUGACAGCCAGGUGUAUUACUGCAGAACUCUAGCCAUAGCUUUUAUUGAGAUGACCGUUUUAGAGAGAUUUUAUAAAGUUUUACAGGAAGGGAAGAAUGGAGAAGAUGUCCCGUCAGAACUACGACCUGUAUUAACUAGAAUAUGUUCUCUGUUUGGUUUGUGGAGACUGGAACAACAUCUAACAACUUUAUACCAAGGAGGUUACAUCACUGGAAGUAAUCCACCUCAGAUUAUCAGGGAGGCCAUUUUACGUUUGUGUACAGAAAUGAAAGAUGAUGCUGUGUCCCUGGCUGAUGCUGUAGCGCCAACAGAUUUCAUAUUGAAUUCACCAAUAGGACAAUCUGAUGGAGAGAUUUACAAAAACUUAUAUAAUGCAAUGAUUAACACACCAAACUGUUUUGAAAGACCUGAUUGGUGGCAGGAAUUUGUCAACAAGCCUGUGAUUGGAUGUAAAGCCAAACUGUAAAUUCUGGAUAGACUUAUUGGUGGCAGAACUUUGUGAAGUUAUCUGUGAUUGGUAAAAAUUCAGACCUGAAUCAAAACUGCCAGAAAAGAUCUAAAGCAACUGUGAUUUCUUGUUCAUAUGACAAUGUACUAAACUUUACAUUUUUUGAGAAAAAAUAAUGAUUAUCUAGAUUUUUGGAAAGUAAAAGGGAAUGACGCUUUCCUUCUGUCUGAUCAUUUGUUAAUUCAUCUUGUUAGUUCAUAUGCCCCUUAUUAAAUUAGGACACCAUUCAAAAUUAUGCUUUUCUAAGGGGAGAUAAUUUAAUUAUACAGCAGUACAAAGCAAAAUAAUGCUAGUCUGGAAUUUCAAGGAGAGAUAAUUGAGUACUAUACCAUGAAAUAUAAAGAGGUAAUUCAAUUCAUUUGUUUUAUUUGUUAUAUCACAUUGACCUUGGAAGCACAACUCAUUCCAAUCAAUGAAAAUUUGCUCAAUUUCAUUUAAUUGCUGUUUUUGUUAAAAGUUUUUAAUAAGUUUAAUUGUACAUUGACAUUUUACCUCAUUUAUAGAUUGCAUUGACUAUUGUUUGUUUUUAAUUGUAUUUUAUUCAAAUAAAAGUAUGGUACGGACAUGUUUGUAUAAAACCUUACACAUAGUUUUAAGAGUAGGACUAUAUACGCAUAUAUAUAUAUUUCUGUAAAAUAUCAUGAUAAAAAAUGAACGAAAGGAAUUUUAUAUUCAAAUUAUACCACACUAUUUGAAAAAAAGUUCUUGUGUAAAUUGAUCUAAU